AAGAAAAAAAUGAAUUCACGCAAAUUGUUGAAAACAACAUUCCAAAACAAAAAAGAAAUAGUUUCAGUGGUUUUUGAUGGAAUUAAUGACUACGAUUUGUUUAUAAAUAAAGUAAAGGAAACCUAUAAUAUUCCAUCAACUGAAGAAGUUCAAAUUUUUAACAAGAAAUUUUUAAUAAAACCAAACAUAUUCACCGAUUUGGUGGAACAGUAUCUAUCGUCAACGGAUUUUAUAUUGGACGUAAAUUUAAUAAAUGAUAAUUCUUCUUAUUCCACCUCAGACUCGAAUGAUGAAUUGGAAUCACAGGCUUCCAGUUCACAAAAUAUAAUAUUUGGAAGUACACAGCCUCAGGUUAUUAGAACUUUAACAUGUAUAACCGAUGAUAUUUUUAACCAAAGCCAGGGGAAUAUUUUUAUUGACAAAAAUGCUUAUCCUUCUGUUCCAUCAACGGAGGAAAUAAAAGAAUAUCCUGAAAUUAAGCAAUUAUUGCAAUGUAAUAGUCUGCAAAAUAAGGAUAGAACAAUUAUAGCAAAGAGUAUAGUGUCAAAUAUCCUGAGCCAAAAUGUGAAUAGACGUUUAUAUAAAGAUGAUUUGUUACAACUUUCCCGAUCAAUAAUAGAAGUAUUUCCAUCGGAAGUUAGAGAAACUUAUUACGUACCCUUUACAAAAGGUCAUUUGGCAAAGGGUAAAUUGUUUGACGCAUACAAUAAUAAGAGAACACAAUUAAGUGCAGCAGGACUGAUAAAUAGACGUGAAAACGUGAAAAAGAAAUCAAAUCAUACGCAAUUGUCGGAAGAUCACGAAACUGGCAUAUCAGCAGAUGAAUUGAAAAUUCUUGAAACAACGAAUGUAGAUUGGAACAAAACAAGAGAACUUUGGAUUAAAUCUCAUUCCUAUCGACAAAACGAAUUACAAAACAACGAGUUAAGUACUAUUGACUAUAUACAAAAAUACAACAUUCAUCUUAAUGAGAACUUUCAUGAAUUGCUUCAAAUCGAUUUCAAAAUACUGUACCCAAAUUCCAAAAGCAUUUACCAAUGGAAACAAUUCUAUGGAAAACUAAUAUUGAAAGCCGAACAAUCAAAAGAGAAUAGCGUUUUACAAAUUUUAGCGAAUAUCGACAGAACUGAGGACGAAGAUUGCAAAAUUGCUCUUUCGUUGAUGAUUAUUCCAUUUAUUCUACCACACUACAGGAAGAACAGCAAGUUAGAAUCGCUGGAAUCAUUCAUUUAUUACUGCAAGAAUAUUCAAGUGGCAGAUGACGAAACAAGAAACCGAAUAAAACGACUAAAAAAGGAUACUCAACCCAAAAUUUAUUUUGUUGGCGAUACGACAAAACCAAUUUCCAUUGCAUACGUGGAUAUAUGUGGAAAUCGUUUGAAAUUUGAAAAUCCUUUAAAAGCUGUUGAAGCCUGCUUUUACUCUUUUAUGAGUAUGAAUAUUAAAUACCCAACUGCAUGCCUACACGUAUGGACAUUUAUACAAUAUAUUAUUUAUGAAAUUAACACUCCAUGGGAUACGACAAUACCUGCUGUAAGUACCUUAAUCAAUGAACUUCGUAUGGAAAAUCUGGAAUAGAUUUGUUUUUUUUAGUUUCGAAGAGAAUUAUUUUAUGUUCGUCCAAAAAAAAAUGAAUUAUUUUAUUAUUAUUUCAUUAUAUAAGACUUUUAUAUAUAAAUUUAUAUCUACAAAUGGAUUAUAUUAAAUGUUUUUGUUCAUCUCAUUUAUUUAUUUCAAUUAAUGAAUUAAUCCGACAUAUGAGAAGGCAUCAUAAACAUAUAACGUCAAUAUCUUGUUGUUUUCCUAAUUGCAAUCGCAGAUACGAUCGGUUUGAUUCAUAUAAGUUUCAUUUGCAAAGACAUUUUCCUAAAAAUGUCUUUAAUAACUCUUUGGAUAGUUCAUCAGAAUACUCAAACAUAAAUAGUGAACCUUUAGGAAGAAUUUUCCCCUUAGAUACAAAUAUUGACGAUAAUAGUUCGCGAUCUCAGAUAGAAUUAGUUACAAAUAUGAAAACUGAUCUAUUGAAACAAAUUGUGAAAGCUUAUUGUAAUGAAAGUAUUCCUCGAAAUAAGUGUUUAGAAAUUAUAAGAAAUGUUGCAAAUGGUUUCUUAAAGUACCUGAAAAUUCUAAGAAAUAAAUUAGUAGAUAAUGUAGUGGAACCUGAAAUAAUAGCGUUUCUUGAAGAUAUUAUUAAUAGUUGUAUUAUUAAAUCAGAAUAUAAAUUACUGAACGAAUUUAAGAAAACAGGCUACUUUGUUGAAGCCAAAUACCUUUUGCUACAUCGUGAGCCUCAAGAGGUUUUAACUACAGGAGGACAAAUUACUUUAAAAAAUAUUGACUACUCCAUCGCAAUAUUAUCAUU